AUGGUGCCACAUGAUGAGGAGGUGCGAGAAGUCCUCAGAGACGAUGAGGUCGUGGACGUGGAGGCGUUGGACUCUGCUGGAGUGGAGCCUUCUCAAGGCUCACAGAAGAGGCACCAAGCAGACUUGCCUGGACACGGAGGGAACAAGAGGCUGAAGGGGAGCCCGGUGCCUGCACCCGUCAUGGCUCUAGGAUGGCAACCCGAUCCCGAGAAGGGCGAUGCUGACAAGGCAGUCGAAGCUGCGAAGGCCCUUGCGCUCGCAACAUGCACAGAUGGUGUGCCGAGCAAUGGUAACGGCAAGGACGAGGGUCGUGGGAUUUUUGUCGGCGGGCUGCCAACCUCGGUGGACGACAAGGAGCUGCGCAAACACUUUGAGCAGUUCGGCACUGUCCAGGAUGCCACAGUGGUCAUGAACCAAAAGACAGGGAAGCCCAAGGGCUUCGGCUUUGUGGAGUUCAAGGAACCGGGUGCGAGAGAAAAAGUCUUGAGCUCAGGUGCCACACAGCAAAUCCAUGGCAAAACCGUCGAGGUGAAACUGAGACAAGUCAGGGGAGCCAAAGGCGCAGUCUCAGUUGUUGAGAGCAGCCACCGGCUGAAGACGUUUGAAGCUCAAGAAGUCCAGCGUGCCAUCGUCAGCGAUGCAAGCAUGCGCUGCUGGGAGCAGCUGGCAUCAGAGGCAGCAGCCAUUCCCGAGUCAGCUUCUAGUCCGACUUUCGGCUGUGCUCGACAUUUCGGCUGGAAGAGAUGUCGCCUGACAUGGUCGACUCAGAGAUCAAGGUUCCUGCCGAGUGUUCCUCCCCCUUGCUUGCGCAUGCACGGUUGCUGCAGCGAGCAUCCGAAGUGGGCACUGGAUGCACUACAGGCAAAAGGGUAUGUUAUCCUCAAGUUCAGCAACGAGGAGCAAGCCCGCUUGAACGAUCUGUACCACUACAGCCGCAAGUUCUUCAGCAAUCCUUCUGCGUACAAGGAGGGCUUCAAAUACUUUCCGAUUCCUGGCGGUUAUAUGACUCCAUUUCCGGGUACCUAUGAGAUUUUCGAGCUCCGUCGAGGGUUGCCAGGUUGUCCUGCAGAGCUUCGUCAGGCCAUGGAAGCCUUUGCCGUGUUGGAGAAGCUGGCACUGGAUUUUGCCACACAGAUUGGUUGCGACAUCGGCGUUGGUCUGCAGAAGAUGCCAAGCGACACCUCAUCAACCAUGCGGUGUAUACACUACGAUCGCCCUCUUGAGAGUAGGGGUGCUGCAGACUUGCCCGAGGUGACCGGCCAACGCAUAGCUAUGGGAGCGGAGGUGCGGCUGGUAAAUCUGCAAGGUGGUGAGGUCGCUCUGAAUGGGCUCAAGGGCACGGUGACUGGUAUGGACGAGGCUGGCUUCGAAGUGUCGCUGGCCGGGGCACCGGAGGCGAUUCUGAGUGCCAGAGGCGGCAAAUCAAUUACCGUGGGAAUGGACAAGCUUCGCAUGCUUCGUCCUGAUUCUCCUGGGAUGUAUCCAGCCCAUACGGACUCAUCCUUGAUAACAGUCGCACCGAAGAGUUCUGCACCCGGGUUGGAGGUGAAGGAUCUCCAGACCGGCGAGUGGUUCAAUAUCGAGGACUUGUUGAAUGAUGGUGAAGCACUUCUCUUUGUCGGAGACCCGUUGGACUAUGCUUCUGGCCACAGGUAUCCUGCCUUGAUGCACAGAUGCAGAAUCUUCACCGGGGCUGCGACUUGCGACAGGCCGGCUGUAUGCAGAGGCAGCUCCGCUGCUUCAUCGAUGGAGCAUCGCAUCUCCACGCCUUUCUUCCUGUACCCUCGGGCCGAUGCAGUCUUGGCCCCAGGCUGGCUCCCGCGCUUGGUCUUUGAGGAUUUGAACGGGAACGUAAACAAAUGCCGCGAUCGCUUUCCGUGGAAGAAGCACACAUGCUACUACAGCGACCUGGUGUACUCCGAGCAGAAAGAUGCGACGCCAUGA